AUGGAUAAUAAUUAUUCUAAUUAUAAAUUAUCUAUUGGUGUCAAAAAAGCACAACUAUUCAAACAACUAGCAAAUCGGUUGGACUUUAUUCUAGUCAUUUCAGGUAUCGUUCUAGUUGCAUGGGCUAAAAAUUGGGAAGGAAACACCUUAUCAUCCAUUACGCCACAAGUUACUGGUAUCUUCGGUGGAUUAAGUAUUGCAAGUGUACUGGAUACUAUUCUUUAUAUUAUGGUCACCGUUUUAUUACCUAUGUUUUCCAAACUUGCUGAUACUGUUGGUCGAGCAGAAGCUUUUGUUAUUGCUAUCACUUUCUAUAUUAUGGCAGGUGUUGUGAUGGCUUGUGCUCAAAGUAUGGAUGCUCUCAUGGGUGGUCAAGUCCUCUACGCUUUUGGAUUAUCUGGUGUCAAUGUGGUUGGUCAUAUUCUUAUUGCUGAUAUGACUACCAAGAUCAAUCGUGGCCUUUUCCAGGCCUUUUACGAUGUACCUGCUUUAAUCAAUCUUUAUGUUUCCCCAAUUGCUGGUCAAGCGCUUUAUCAAUCUGGGAACUGGCGUUGGGCUUACUCUUUAAUUCCUUUUUGUAUUGGAGCGACAAGCAUUCCUUUAUUUAUUGGUCUUUACCGUGUUCAAAGUAAGGCGCGUAAAUCUGGUCUAUUGGAACAAUACAAGCGUGAUAUGGGCAAGAAUAAUAACCAAAAAAUGACAACAUGGGAAAAGAUACAAUGGGUUUUAAUUGAAGUGGAUAUUAUUGGUAGUUGUCUUCUUGCUGCUGGUCUUUGUCUAUUUUUGGUUCCUUUCGUCCUGGCUGUAUCUCGAUGGGGAGGAUGGUCUUCACCUACAACAUUAGGUACUCUUAUUAGUGGGUGUGUCCUUUUGGUCAUCUUUGGCUUUUACGAAAAGAAGUUUGCUACCAAACCAAUCAUUCCAUUAGGAUCAUGGGCUACUCCUACGCCAAUCACUGGUGUGUUGACAUGUGCUACAGUUAGUAUGUUUCAUGCAAGUAAUUGGAACUAUUUCCUCAUGUAUAUUCAAGUGACUCGUGGACUGGACAGUACAACUGCUAAUUAUGUACAAAACAGUUAUCAUACUGUUUUUCUCUUAUCUCAAGUCUUAGCUGGUUACCUUAUGAAACAUUUCAAAUUGUAUCGACCUAUUGUUUUUGCUGGUCUUUCUUUUAUGAUGGUGGGAAUGGGAAUGAUGAUUCCUGCACGUUAUCCUGAUUCUUCCAUGGUGUUUCUUAUCUUUUCCCAAGUGAUUGCUGGUUUUGGUGCUGGUUUCAUUUAUGUUCCUAUUUUGGUGGCCGUUCAAAGUUCCGUUCCUCAUCAAGAUCUUGCUGUUGUUACUGCGUUAUUUCAAAUUGGUGGAACUUUGGCUACAAGUAUUGGAUCAGCUAUUGCAGGAGCUAUCUUUACAAAUCUUUUACCAGUCCAAUUUGCUGAAAACAUUCCAGGUGAAUAUGAUUAUGCAAGCUUAGCUGGUAAUUUGGAAGCCAUUGCUGCUCUACCACCCGAUCAACAUCAAGGUGUUAUCACUGCUUAUGGAAAUAUUCAACGUAUCUUCUCUAUCGUAUCUCUUUGCUUUGGUGCAUUGGCCUUUGUAUUCUUCCUUGGUAUGCGUUCCUUUGGUCUGACAGAUGAUGAAAUCAAUAGCGAUCAUGAAUAUGAACCCAGUGAAAAAGAAAAGACGUUGCCAUCAUCUUCUCCUUCGAUUAAUGGUAUGAUUAUAAUUAUUAUUAUCAAAUUUGACUGA